CAAUAAAAAAACCGCGUCUCUGUUCAACGCCGGACUUGCCUUUGUUCUUCUAGCUUCCGAUUUUCCGGCAUAGUAGCCCCAGCAAUUUGGAGAUGGACCUCUCGGCCUCCUCUUCUGCUUCCGAGCGUGUCUCUCGUUGGGCCGCCAUCAUCAGCCGGCAUCUCGGCGAGGCUCCGGGGUACGGGUCGCCGCCGCUCGUGCUAACGCCUUGUAUUAGUUAUUCGCCGCCGGAGAGCUCCGAGAAGGUGAGUUUCGAAACUAGGGAAUUGCGGCUGCUCUUGGACGGGCAUGACGUGGAGGCGAGGGAUUGGCUUUUCCGGCUCAUGGAAGAGAGCUCGCUGUUCUGCCCGCGACGGCGAGGCGGAAACCGGGUGUUUGUAGUUCCGGAUUACAAUCAAUCGAUGGAGCAGCAGAGAGAGAUGACGAUGAGGAGAAUCCAGUUUCUUCUUGAGCGCGGGGUGUUUGAUGGGUGGCUGACUGGCUCGGGGGUGGAUUUGGAGAUGAGGAAGCUUGCUAUGAACGAGUGCCUAGGGUUAUACGAUCAUUCGCUGAUUGUCAAGCUUGGUGUGCAUUUCUUUCUCUGGGGUCCGGCAAUUCAGUUUUUUGGCACUAAACGUCACCAUGAUAAGUUUUUAAGGGAGAGUGAAAACUUUCUAAUCAAGGGUUGUUUUGCCAUGACUGAGUUGGGGCAUGGAAGCAAUGUACGUGGCAUUGAGACAAUUGCUACCUUUGACAAAAACACACAAGAAUUCAUCAUUAAUAGUCCUUGUGAAUCAGCUCAGAAGUACUGGAUUGGUGGUGCUGCGAAGCAUGCUACCCACACAAUAAUCUUCUCUCAACUCCAUAUUAAUGGUACCAGUCAAGGUGUCCAUGCAUUCAUAGGUCAGAUCAGGGAUGCAAAUGGAAAUAUAAUGCCAAAUCUUCGCAUAGCUGAUUGCGGCCAUAAGAUUGGUUUGAAUGGAGUUGAUAAUGGUCGAAUCUGGUUUGAUAAUUUUCGAGUUCCUCGGGAGAACUUGCUGAACUCCGUUGCUGAUGUUCUGCCUGAUGGACAGUAUGUAAGUGCAAUAAAAGAUCCAGAUCAGAGAUUUGCAGCUUUCUUGGCUCCAUUGACAUCUGGUCGCGUAAACAUUGCUGUUAAUGCAGUUUAUAUAUCUAAGAUGGCUUUAGCAAUUGCUGUGAGAUAUGGUCUCACUAGACGAGCAUUUUCUCUUUCAUCGAAUGAACCGGAGGUUUUGCUACUUGAUUAUCCUAGUCAUCAGCGGCGCCUUCUUCCUCUCAUUGCAAAGGCAUGUGCAAUGAGCAUUGCUGCCUAUAAUCUGAAGAAGAUUUAUGUAAAAAGAUCUCCAGAUACAACCAAAAUAUUACAUAUAUAUUCCAGUGCUUAUAAAGCAACGUUUACCUGGCAAAACAUGAAGACACUUCAGGAGUGUCGUGAAGCAUGUGGUGGACAAGGAUUGAAGACAGAAAACCGUAUUGGGAUAUCAAUAGGUGAAUUUGAUGUGCAGUCAACUUUUGAGGGAGACAACAAUGUACUCAUGCAGCAGGUUAGCAAAGCACUACUAUCAGAAUAUUUAUCAGCUCAAAAGAAGAAACAACCAUUUAAAGGGUUAGGAUUAGAACACAUGAAUAGUCCUUGCCCUGUUAUUCCAGCAAAUCUGACUAGCUCUGCACUUAGAAGCAUUCAAUUCCAGAAUGAUGUUUUCUGCUUACGAGAGAGAGAUCUGCUGAACCGCUAUGCUAGUGAAGUCUACCAGUAUCAACAACAGGGAAAAAGUAGAGAAACCGCUAUCCUUUUGAGCUAUCAACUUGCCGAAGACCUCGCGAGGGCCUUCACCGAACGAACCAUACUGCAACAACUUGUCGAAGAAGUGAAAUCCGCCACCGGUCCAUUGAAGGAUGUGUUGGAGCUACUAAGAUCCAUGUAUGCUUUGAUUUGUAUUGAAGAGGAUGCAUCAUUCCUUCGAUAUGGGUACUUAUCACUCAGCAAUGCUGCUGCUGUCAGGAAAGAAGUGAUGAAGCUCUGUAGCAAUGUGAGGCCUCAUGCCCUGGCUUUGGUUAGUUCUUUCGGCAUCCCUGAUUCUUUCCUUAGCCCAAUUGCAUUCGACUGGAUUGAGGCAAAUUCCUGGACCAGCUCAAAUUCACUGUAGGAAAGAUCAACGAAGCUUAGAUUCUUGUUUAUCUGCCAGAAACAAAAUAAAAUAUAAGAUGAGAGUGAUAUUUCUGUGAGUGGAAGCUUGAUUCUAUAUAUUUUAGUAUGAAUAAAAUGGGCAUAUAGCCAUGGCGUUGGUGUGUUAUGUAAGGGAAAAUACUCUGUACCAGAAAGGAUGUUUGUUUCUGUAGUUGUAUCUAAUCAUGUAAGCUUUAAUCUUUAUUGAUUCCUUCCGGUGAUAUAAAGAAGCACCCAAUUUCCGAAAA